CUGCACAGGCUGGGCCGCUGAGGGGCCGGCUCGGCUCCGCAAAAUGGCGGCGGGGCGGCAGGAAAAGACGGAGCGGAGCGGGAUGGGGAGAGGGGCCGCUGGUGUGGCGGUGCGGGGCGGCCUGUCCGCGGCGCCAUCGCUGUGCUGGGGGCACGGCCGCCCGGGCUUCCCCCGCACGGUGUGGCGGAUCAGCCGGUGUAGGGACCCCUGCGGCUCUGCUGCCCCUGCCUCCCCCACUUUGUCUGCAGAGGGUCCCUCAGGCUGAAAAAAUACUGCAGCUUGAGCUAUUCUAACAUGCAGUGCCCCCGUUUUACUUCAUGGUGGUCUCGGAGCCUUGCCGGCCAUCGGGGGCUGGAGCACCCACCUGGGCCCAAGGUCUGGCUAGGUUUUGCCUCUGAACAAUGUUCCUUUAUGUAUUUCUGCCCUGGGAGACCAGACCAAUAUACAUAUUAUAUUGUGUACACACACACAAAGAAGCAAUGCAAUAGGUAAGUUUUGGACCUUGGAUUUUAUCAUAUAAAAUAUUAUUACUAUUCAAGAUUAGUACAGCAUGUAGUUGGAAUAGAAGCAUGCAGCAUAAUCAACCUGCACAAGCAAUCUGCCUUUUGAGCUGCAUGUUCUUGGGAAAUGAACACAGGGACUUUGUUUUUCACUAGUUUCCAAAGGAAGACUGGCUUAGACACUCACCCUCUGCAUAUCUGUGUUUCAAUUUACUAAUUUCAGUCAAAUUUGACAGAGGUGAGAAGGCAUUAAAAAAUGAGUUUUCAUUAAGCUUGUGCAAGAAAUAGUGUGAUUAGAGGAAAAUGUGUUACUAAUACUGUAAUUCCAGGAAAAAGUAUAGCAUGAACUCCGGUCUUACUGGACAUCAGAGAAUCCACAGAGGAAGAAGCUGUUUUACAUCAUCUGUCCACCAGAAGUGUUUUUAGUCAUAGCACAUACCUGACUAGAUCCCUACAGGAUUGAUUCCUCAACAAAGAUUCUUCUCAGAGAUGGAUUUGCAGUAGUGACAUAAACAGUAAAUGGAAGCAAAUUGGUGAUUGCCCCAGGACUUGGAACUGUUGUAAAACUGAAGGAAAUGAAAACUCAUUAUUGGAUCUGGAGGAAAACACUACCUUCUAAAAAGGACAAGGAGGUAAGUUUUAUUUUAUUGGUUUUCUAUGUUUAAAGUUUUGUAAUGUUAUGUGCUUUUUUAUUUGGCCAGGGUUUUACAGUCACGUCCAAGUUGCCUUGUAAGGGGAAAUGAGUCAAAAGUAUAUAAGGUGUGCUGGAUACAAUCUGUAUUUUAAGGAGGUUACCUAGAAAGCACAGAGUUUUGCAGCUUCAGGGCCAUGCUGAGAAACUGCCAUGUAUCAUGCCAAAUUAAGAAAAAGUAGUAAAGAUAGACUAUAGAUGCUGUUUGCAGCAGAUUAAGAAAAUAGUUAAUAAAGAUACAUUUUCAAAUAAUGCCACUGAUACUUACUGUGAUUCCUUUGAUUUACUUUAUUGUAAUGUUAGCAUACAGAAAGGUAAGAUUUUCAUUAUGAUUACUACAUUACAGAACAUAAUGCUGUUUUUUUAUUUCAGCCUUCUAUAUCUCUAUAAAUCUUCAAAUAAAUUAAAACAUCAACACUCUGAAGAUUUUCACAAAACUGCUUCCUAUAAAUCUACUGAUUCCUGGAUAAAAUUUAGGAAUUAAUAUCCAUGUGAACUAAGGGUAGGACUGUGCACACAUAGCCAGUGAAGGGAGUGUUGAAGUCCAAGGGCUUUUAGGCUCAGAAUAGAUUUUAGGGGAAAAGCAUUUUAUUAGACUAAAAUACUUCCUUGCAAUUUCUAGUCCUGGUAUUACCUGAACCAAACUAAAAGUUGGCUUGCUCAAAUUCUGACAUCAGAGUCUGCGAUGCUUACAAAUCCAUUUAUAGGUGGGCAGCAUGCAUGCUUGCUAUAAUCUGUUGGUUUUAAAAUUUAUCAUUGUUCUUUUCAUAAUUGUCUUGAUGACUAUUUGUUGUUUGCCAUUUCAUCUAUUACUAAUAGCAAAAGAUCAGCCAGAAAGAAUUUUAACUUUCCAGUGGGAAGGAAUUACGUGGAUUUCUCCUUUUAACCUAAAGGAACUCUGUGAACUGAAAGCCAGGUACCUCAAGCUCUUCCUAAACUGUGACAGUCAGGUGGAAUCUCUGCAGUUCCCCAAUUCCUUCCUCACAAUGUACUAGGAUUGAUGCUAAGUUUUUAUACAAUUAAUUUUAAUUUUUUAAUGUUAGUGUUACUAAUGGUAGUUGGAAAAAGUAGCUCCAGCAUGAAGUUAGAAAAGUUAUAUGCAUCCCAUUCCUUAUUUUUGAACCAUUCAGGAGCAUCACUGAAGAAUUAGAACUGUGGAUUAAAGGUUGAUGAUUUAUGUGUAUCUAAUUUCUGAGAAGAAAUGUAGUAUAUGUGAACUAUUCUACCAUGGUUGAUCGUGCAUGUACUUGACAAAACUGCUACAGUGCUUUUCCUAUCUUAUCAACAGAGCAUUAGAAAAGAUAGGAUGUUGGUUGCAAUAAAAAUCCAGCAAUAGCUGUGGGCUGGGUUUGUAUCAAACUGUUACAGCCUGUCUGUGCCUUUUCCCUUUGAAUUAUGAAGCACAGAGCAUUAUUUGUUCCCUGAUAAGCUUGUCAUCUUUUCUUGCUUUCAUACGUAGUUUGAUUAAGCUGCCAUACCGUGAUUUAAGCAACUCUUCCUACAGUGUAAGAGGCGGGCACGGAUCAGUUGGCAGGGUCGAGGCCUUCCCGCCGCGGGCGCGCGAGCAGCUCGGCCCAACGGCCGCCGCCCGGAGGCCGUUGAGGGGCGCGAGGCGGGGCCGUUGGCGGGCGCCGGGCUGAGGCGCAGCGGGCGGCGCUGCUCCCGCCCCUCGGGACCGGGAGGAGCCGGGGCCUGCGGCGGCAGCUGCCUCGUCGGAGCGGUUUGCCGGGACAGCGCUCCCUGCUCUCUUCUACUUGUGCUUGUGUGCCGGUCUCUCUCGCGGUUUAUUUAAAUUUAUAGCACUUAUCAUGCCGUUUCUUUAAACACUUCAGUUUAAAAUUGGUCUUUACAAAGCAAAAGCUGGUCUGGUCAUAUUGUGAAGUGAUAGAACCUUGGGUUUUUUCCCUUUUAAGUGUAAACUUGGAUAGAUAACUUGAGGGAAUUGAUAAUAUAAAAAAAAUCAGUGAUCCUUUCAUUCUUCGUGUUUAUUAGUUAAGUAUUUUGCCACGGUGUGAUAAUGUGACUUAAGUUUCAAGGAACGGUCGUUAACUUGGUUGACUUAAUUGAACAAAGGUAAAGAUGGAAUCAAUUUUCUAAACUUCAGAAAUAAAAAAUCCUGAUAGGAGGUAAUGAAACUUAAUUUUAAUAAGUGUGAGAAAUAUAAUUUAUUAUUUGGGCAUUCCUCCUGACAAUGUACAGGUUCGUUUUGAAUAUGGAUAAACAAGCACCUGCUAAAUCAUCUAACAUUUUCACCUUGGAUGCUGUUAAAGGGCAUAUGAGGAAGAAGGAUGGGACAUUACAAGUUGCAAAACGGAAUGCUUCUUUAGCAUCUAAAAUAAAAAAUAAAUUAAUAAAUAACUCAUCUAUGUUUAAGGUAUCUUUAAAACAAAAUAAUAAAGCAUUAGCUGUGGCUUUGAGUGCAGAGAAAGAAAAUUCUCGGAAGCUAAAGAAUGAGAAGAUUUUUCUUCAGAAGGAAGUAGAAAAACUGCAGUUUCAUAAUAUGUUUCUUCGUCGAAAACUAAAGUGUUUGAAUAAAACUCUUACAGAAAUAGAAGUCUUUUUGAAUGAUAACCUCUUAACUGCAAUAGAGAUAAGCAGUCUUCCUGAGAAUCUUCAGAGUUGUCUUCCUCUGUCAGCUGGUCCAAGUAGCCCUACUGAUGACCAGUUCAAGACAGCCUGUCAGUCAGCUAGGUCAGUAGAAUCGCCAGUGAAGCUCCCUUUAACUGCAACAGCUAAUACAGAAGAACAAGAUAGCCCUUCUAUGUGUGAAAUACCAAAUUCUUAUAAAUGUACCACUAUUUUGUCAAAGGAAACUAUUUCAGAUCAAGUUAAGUUUGCUUUAUCAUUGCCUUCUGGUACAAAUAAUCAAAAGGUAAAUGAUACAGAACCAGUGGAAACGACCGUUAACAAAAAUAUAUUUUUAAAAGAAAAUCAAUUAUGCACAGUACUACCUUGCAAUAGUACCUUCCUGGCUCAUGUCAAAAAUACACAAUCUUUAAGACAGUCUGAGGAGCUUACAAAACAGCAUAACAGUAGUUCCUUGGCAUUCUGUGGAAAUGUGACGGAAAGAAGGAAACAUGCAGUACUUUAUAAAUCAAAAGCUCAACCUAAUAUAAAGGAUUUUGAUAAAACAUGUAGCUCAAAUAAUUUGCCUCAUUGUGGUAUCAACAGUGGCAGCAACACCAAUGACAUGAAUUUCCAGGAAAAUUCAAGUGACUUGUCUUGCAUUAUUCCUUCACCUCUUAAAUUUAGCAGUGAAAGUAACAUAGAUUUUAAGAAACUGCUUUUUACUGACAAGAUGAAGCCUGAAGAAACUGUUUAUGAUGCUGAUAUGGAAUUGACCGCCAGUGAUGCAGGUGAAUUACUCACAGUUUCAGCGAAAGACAAAGAUAAAUUACACCAAAAUAAAAAAUGUAAUGCCAAUUCUGAUAAAGUAUUAGCAAAUUUCAGAAAAGUAAGAUAUUCUAAGAAGGAUAAAGUGAAAAUUAAAAGCAAGACUGAAGUCAGUUCAAAUGUGUGUGCAGAACAAAGGGACACUAGGGCUGAAGUUUCAAAAACUACUGAGUCACAAACUCAGCUAUUCCGAAGUCAGAUGGAACAGCUACCUACAGAAAAUUCCUCAGGGAAACAGAGUUUCCUAAAUACCAGCAAAUAUUAUCAAGCACAAAAUUGUCCAAGUAAAUUUAAAGAUACUAAGAAGACAUACAAAGUUAACUUAAUAAGUCCAAGAAAACAGGAGACAAAUAAAGAAGCUUUCUCAGAAACAUUUGACGACAUGGAAAGCAAAAUACAAAAAGCAGACUCAAAUUUGUCAAUUAACAAGAUCCCACCUGGAAGUUACUGUGCUGAAAAUUUACAAUUCCAGGGUGACACUUCUAAUGAAUUGCCUUCACAGUGCGACUUCCUGUAUGGAAAUGAGAAACAUAUCAGACAAAAAAUAAACAGGAAAACUCUUCAAAACCCUUCUCAAGUGAACACAGCAAAACACUGUGGCGAGAAAAAUGGGCAGUAUGAAGAAUAUAUUUCACAAAAGGCUCAGACAGAGAGACACCAACAUGACAGCAAGAGAAAACAAAACCAGAAGAAUAUUAUAAAGAGAAAAUGCACCAAAAAAUGUAGUUACAGACAAGGUGAAGAAACUGAGUGUGACCGCAUUAAUAAAAUUACUCAGAAAGUAGACGAAAAGAGUAUCCAUUUUUCACCAGGCAGGUUAAAGCGUACAUUGGCAAAGGCUGGCCGGAAGGCAUAUAUAGUACCAAAAGAAAAUCUUACACAGUUCUCGCUUUGUAAAAAUGAAGGAUUAGAAAAUAAGGAUAUGGUAAUGCAUGCAGAGGCUGUUCAUGAAAAUAAAGGAACUGAAACUCAGCAAAUACAAGUUGCUUUAGUUACUCAGAUUGGUGUAGCUGUAAAUAGACCACAAGAUAAAGAAGAAGUUCAUGUUGAUACUAAAACUUUGAAGAAUGGAAAUUCCUCAUCAGUGGCACAUAAAACCCCUCACAUUAGUGAUUAUCCUGAUAAUGUGGUAAAGUGCAAACAGUGGCUUAGUUCUGAUAUUACUGAGACCAAACCAGAAAAAAAUUAUUUUGGGGAUAUUGGCCAAGGGGUGCAGAAUAUUUUGGAUGACCAGGAAGUCCCUCAUGAGAUGGAUUCCUCUAUGAGCAAGCUAAAACCUACGGUUCCAGAAUUAGAAUUUUUAAAACUCUUACCUGUCGAAUGUUCUAAGAAUAUGCCAUUCAUUGUAGAUGGCUUUUUCCAGGAAGGUCUUUCCAAUGUGAAGCUCCCAGCUCUUGAUAACCACAAUGCUGCUAUGAACUUCCCUAUGCUGGAAAACUCUGAAGUCUGCAGGGAAGGUGAUCAUAAUAAAGCACUGGAUGCUGGAAAAGCAGAACAGAAACUGGAUCACAUUUCUAAAGAGACUUACAAUAAGACCACACCUUGUCAUGGAAGAAAGGCUUUGCAAGAGAUGACAAAUACUAGUAUACCAUCUCACACUUUGAUAACUGAAUCCCCCAAAACUUCAGAAGAAAACUCAGCAGCACCAUCUAGACGAGGAAGGGCUACUAUUUGCUACAAAGAACCCAGUAUAAACAGCAAAUUAAGGCGUGGGGAUCAGUUUACAGAUACACAAUUUCUGGAUUCCCCAGUCUAUAAAGUAAAAAAAAAAAGAAGUUUAAAGAGUAAAUCAAAAUUUAUUUGAAGAAGACAAGAUAAUUGCCUUUAUGAACGAUACUUCUAAAAUGGAAGGACCUGGACAGGUUGGAGAAAUGGGCCAAGAGGAAUCUCAUGAAUCUUCGACAAGGGGAACCUACAUCCUUCUGUGAGUUGCCAGAAUUUCAGUUGCAUUCUUUAGAAAAAUGAGUCAUACAUAUAAACAUUUAUUUCUGGCUAUAGCUUUCAGGUGUGCCCAUUCUACAUGUAAGUCUUGAAAUAUAAGCAUAAACAGUAAGAGGCACAAAACAUUAUUUACAAAUAUUUAAGUAAUACCAUGAUCGCUUGCUGUUGUGAUUUUUUUUUUUUUUUUUAAUGACAGUCUGUAGCCCCAAAUUAGCUUCCCCAAGAUCCUGCAGAAUAUUCUAUGUAUUAAUUUGGAUUUAAAUAUGCCACUAGCAAGGUAAUUUACAUAAGGGAGCUUUAUCCCCUAAACAGAGAUUUUUGUCUACCUGUGGUCACCAGAUCCAGAGAGCAUGCAAAGAUUGUCACUGUACAGCAGUAAGGACAGCAAGAUGUUUUCAUAUAGAACCCCACAGGAAAAAAAAGUAUUCUGUCAUUAUGAAAAGUCUUCCAAUACUAAACUUACCUUAUCACUUAGGCAAUGGGCUCUGUGUUGCAAAACAGGCUGUUAAAAUUAUUUUCUGAGAAGCUUCAGCAAACCGACUUUUUCUUUGUGAAACAUACUGUGUUUGUCAUUACAUCAGCAAGAUUAUGAAGAGGCACAGAAAUUAUUAGGAAGGUGGAUUUUACCCUGAUUCCAUGUUAUUUUAAAAAGAAUUCUUUUUUUCUGAGAAAAUGAAGCAUGAGCUUCUGUUUCUAGCUUUCAAACCAUGGGCAACAGAGAGAAACGAACAUUUAAAAAACCAUUGUUUUGCUGCUGCAGUGCCAACACAGGAGACACAAGUUUUAACAGAUAAUUCUUUUGGAUUUCUGAUGAUAUUUAUAAACAGUGAAAGCUAGCAAGAACAUUUUAAGUAAAAAAAAAAACAAAACACCAAACCCAAUUAAUUACAAACUUGGUAAAAAAAAAGAGAAAAAAAAUGAUUAAAAAAUCAGCAUUUGGGAGAAAAAUGCAUCAAAAUGAAAUAGACUUUCAGCUGAGUAUCAAAUUUGGCUGGUGAGCAAAUCAGUUUUUCAUUUGUAUGUACCUGGCUGGUCAUCUUUGAUGGUAUUAGAGAAGAGCUUUUUAGAGGCACAACAAAGUUAGCAAGACUCAAGUACUGACAUAUGGACUGUUUGACAACAUAAAAAUAAUAUUGCAAGAAGACAAAACUUGAUUCAGUGCAACUGGGAGGAACUAGCUGCUUCUAACCAGUGGAAUAAGAAAUACUCUAAUUGAUCAAGAAAGUAGGCGUUUCUAUUGCUCUCUGUUGUUACUUCAUUAAGACAGAUGAUUGAAAGUUCAUAUAAAUAAAGAUACAAGAAAAGUUAUUGUUGCUGUUAGCCUUAUGGGCUUCCUCUAGUGUUCAUCUUAGUACUGCCAGGGAGACUGUACAAUCUGUAGAACAUCAAUUCUUUAUGCUGCGCUGCCUCUAUUGUAGCCAAGUCUUGCUGCAUUUUCAUUACUAUUGUGACUGAAGAUAAAUU